UUUUCGCUCAGCACUUACCAGAACAAAGAGGAAAUUCUCAGCUACAUCAAAAAUCUUCGUUAUAAAACCGGCGGGACGUUUACUGGCAAGGGUUUGGAGUUCAUGCUGAAACAACACUUUGUUGAAAAGGCCGGAAGUCGAGCACAGCAGAAUGUUCCUCAGAUUGCCAUUGUUAUCACAGAUGGUGACUCUCAAGAUGAGGUCAAGUCACAGGCUCAGGAGCUGAGGCAAAGGGGAAUCAAAAUAUUCGCCAUUGGGAUCAAAGAUGCAAACGAGACGUUACUGAGACAGAUCGCGAGCGAGCCGUAUGAUCAGCACGUCUACAGCGUAUCAGACUUUGCAGCUCUGCAGGGAAUCUCUCAGAGUGUAAUCUGGAAAGUGUGUACCGCUGUAGAGGAAACACAAAAAGAGGUCAUCCUGAUGUCAAGAGGCUGCAACCAGACUGCUCAGGCAGACAUUGUGCUCCUUGUUGACUCGUCUGGUAGCAUUGGAGAGAGUGAUUUCGAAGAAGUGAGGAAGUUCCUCCAUUCUUUUGUGGACAGUUUUAACCUUAGACCCGACAAGGUGAGAGUGGGACUUGCUCAGUUCAGUGACAGGCCAUACCAAGAGUUCCUGCUCGGUGACUAUUCAGAUAAGAGAGAUCUGCACCAAAAGUUGAAUGAUCUCAUCUACCGUAGAGGAGGCACCAACACUGGUCUGGCUCUGACUUUCAUCCGUGAAAAUUACUUUAGACUGGCCAGACAGAAUGUUCCUGGCAUUGCCAUAGUCAUCACAGAUGGGGAAUCAAAUGAUGAUGUGGAGGAACCUUCCCAGAGACUACGAAACCUAGGAGUUUCCAUCUUUGUCAUCAGGGUGGGAACGGGUGACAUGGAAAAACUGCAUACCAUUGCUAAUACCCCACAUGAAGAGUUCUUAUUCAGUAUCGACAAUUAUAAAGAACUGCAAGGUCUAAAAGAAAGUCUACGCAACAAGGUGUGCUUUACUGUGACGCUCCAAUCACAAGCUUUUGUGCCAAAAUUUGCUGAUCUCUUCAUAUUGGUUGAUAGUUCAGCAUCUAGACAAGAGCAGCAAAUAAUAAGGACUUUUCUUCCAAGACUGAUCCAGCAGCUCAACGUGGGAAAGAAUACUAAUCGUGUCGGCCUGGCUCAGUUCAGCGAAAAUGUCAAAGAGGAGUUCCUACUAAAUACUGAUAAGGCUAGAAAUGAGAUUUUGUCAUCUAUUCGCAGCCUGACACUGAGGCCUACAGGGGAGCGUAAAAUUGGCAAUGCAAUUGAAUAUGCUCAUAAAAAGUUCUUCAGUAAUGUCACUGGAAGCCGUGUCUCUGAAGGCUUUAAGCAAUUUCUGUUAGUCAUUUCAGCUGGAGAAUCUGCCGAUGGUGUCGUCCAAGCAUCCCGCACAAUCAAAACAGAUGCAGUGACAGUUUUUGCUGUUGGCUUGAACAAAGCUGAUGCACAUGAAAUGAAGUACAUCUCUAGUCAACCACACAGCUACAAGUUAGUAGGUAACAUCCAACAAGUACAACAGAAAAUUAAGUCUGCCAUUGACACAUGGGAAGAUGCUGCUGUCGCAAGGGAGUUUUAA